UCCGCUCGUCUCUGUGAAACCGGCCCCCACGGGCAAGGGUCGCACGGAGGUGAGCUGCGGGAGGGAUGCGGCCGCGCCCGGGGCGGUGGUGGCUGCUGCUCUGGCUGCCGCCCCUGGCCAGAAUGUCCGCGGGCACCACGCGCGGGGAGGAGGCGGCGUUGUCGGCUGUGUCGGCUGUGUCAGUUCCAAGGUGUAAAGCUUUGACGGAAAUGGAUUUAAUUAAAACUUCAAAUUCAGACUGUUAUUGCUACUAUCAACAUUCCCAAGUGAAGUGGAAAUACAUGUGGUCAACUGUGCAGGUGAAAAUUACCAGUCCAGGCCUGCUUGGUAUUUUAUAUAUAAAAGAAAAACAUAACUGCCAGUAUCCAGAAACUAUUCUAUCUUUCAUCAAAUGUGUGAUUCAUAACUUUUGGACACCAAAGGAGUCUAAUGAAAUAACUAUAAUAAUCAAUCCUUACGGAGAAACUGUGUGCUUCUCUGUGGAGCCCAUCAAGAAGAUAUUUACUUAUACAAUAAGUGUGCAUCGAAAUAUGGUGGAUUCCAAACUCUUCCUUGUGUUUGUGACAGGCAUUUUUCUUUUCUUUUAUGCGAAGACCCUGAGUCAAAACCCUAUUUUCUAUUAUUCUUCGGGGACCGUGCUAGGUCUUCUAAUGACAUUAGUCUUUGUCCUGCUGUUGGGGAAAAGGUACAUUCCAAAGUAUAGCACCUUUUGGGCUCUAAUGGUUGGUUGUUGGUUUGCUUCAGUUUAUGUUUUAUGCCAGUUGAUGGAAGAGCUGAAGUGGCUGUGGUAUGAAAACAGAAUAUAUAUAUUAGGCUAUGUUCUGAUAGUUGGGAUUUUCAGCUUUGCUGCCUGUUACAAACAUGGGCCCCUUGUGGAUGCCAGGAGCAGGUAUCUUCUGAUGUGGACACUGCGGUUCUUCUCCCUGGUCCUGGUCUAUGCUGGUGUGGCGGUGCCUCUCUUCGCCUAUGGGGCCGUGGUCCUCCUCGUAUCCUUCUGGAGCCUGCGCUACCCGCUGAAGGCAUUCAGUUAUGUAACAAGGAAAAUGAAGCAGCAGUUUACAUCACAAAAGUUGGUGGUUACUUACCUUACUGAAGAGGAGUACAGGGAACAAACAGAUGCUGAAACUACCAGUGCUCUGGAGGAACUGCGCCAAGCCUGCCGCAGACCCGACUUCCCAUGGUGGCUGGCCAUCUCCAGACUCCAGACGCCUAAAAAAUUUGCAGACUUUGUUCUUGGAGGGAGCCACUUGUCACCUGAAGAAAUCAGUCUGCAUGAAGAACAAUAUGGCCUUGGGGGUACCUUCCUGGAAGAACAGCUUUUUAACCUGAGGACUGACACUCUACCUGCAAGUUGACCUCAUUCUGAAGAAAGAAAUGGGUAAAGGGCAGGGAUCCUAUUAAAGUUGGGCAGAACUGUUCUAGUAAACAAUGGUAAAAGCAUUUGCUAUGGGGAAAAAUAAGUCAUGAUAGAAAAGAAAACUAACCUGUAUUGAAAGUAAUUUAUCAUUCUUGAUGAGUUCUACUAUUGUUGUACUAUAGGUGGGCACCAAGAAUAUGCAAUAGCAUCAUUACCACUUUUCUUAAAUUAAGUCUUUCCUUAAUUUAAGGGAAUCAUGUUCUUCAAGCGGCCAGUAAACAUGAACAGGUAACUUGUCAACAUCAGGGAACACAAUCCUCUCUUUAUCCCCAAUGUCAAAAGACUCUGCAUUAUUCUUCCUGUAUUUCAUCAAUAUAAGGGCUAGAGCAGCGGUUCUCAACCUGUGGGUCGUGACCCACAGGAACUAUAUUAAAGGGCUGCAGCAUUAGGAAGGUUGAGAACCACUGGGCUAAAGGAUACCUGGAAUAUGCUGGACAGGUGUUUUCUAAAAUGCAGUCCACAGGAUACUAAUAGAUGUUUGUUGGUAAAGGGGUCUGAGGUUAACUAAGAUCGAUACAAAGUUAAGCAAAUUUUCUUCAGGACUUCUCACUGUCUUUACUGAUACUAAUGUAUAUUGCAAGUGUCCUAAAAGGGAGAAAUUGUGUGUAGUGGUUUCUGACUUAAAAAUUAAAAAUUUGACUUAAAAAUUUGACAGAACCUGUUUUUGUGAGAUUAACAUUCCUGGGAACCCAUGUUUGGAAAAUGCUAACAAUGAUGGAAUUGAGUUUUAGGGAGAUUAAAUAAAUUGUGCAACACCACAAACUAUUUAGAGGCAGCACGGGUAGAACUCUAGCCCUAGCAGGUCUCCUGUGGAAGAAGUGCAGCUGAGGAGCCGUUGUCUCCCACAGCUGUGGGUCUCAUGAUGUUGGUAACUUAUUUUUUUAAGAAUGGCCAACUGGCUAUUUAAUAACUAUGUGAUAAAGGAAAGCAUUUCUUAAGAUAUAUUUUAAAGUUUUGAUAAGAUUUGUAUAUAUACAUGUCUUUUUGUAUUUUGAAAUUUAAGGUAUUUAACCUCUUGUGACAUUUUGAGAGUAUUAACUGACCCAUUUUUAAAUAUUGUUUAUCUGUGUUUGUAACCAUUUUUUACCAAACAGAUUUGUGAUUUUCUUUACAGAGAGCAAAUCUUUUUUUCUUGAUUUGUGAUGUUAAACUUUGGAGUGAAAUGAGGGACUGUGAGCUGUGACCCCAAGGAAAGGAGGCCAAAAUGUAGAUCUGAGGAAAGAUUUGGACAUGGCAAAACAAUUGAAGGGUUAAGAAGUUGCUUAUUUGAUCUUGAGAAUCAACUCAGGCUUUUUUGCUGUGAUAGGAUUCAUAAAAAAUGAAGAAUCCAUUUUUACCAGGAUAAGGGGGAGGGACAUAGAGAAUUUUGGCACUGUUGCUGUCCUGAGCCAAAUUUAGUGAAGUUUCUCUAUCUUGUUAAAUAAGAGCAUGGCUACCCAUUUGCAACUUUCUAGAUUGAAUUUCAAAUGAUAUUUCCUCUUGGAAGCUGUAGGUCAGUGUUUUUGCCAGAUAUCUUUUAAUAUUAGGAGCUUUGCUUUUUUUGUAAAAUUCACUAAAUUCAAUCUGUGCCUUUUCAUGGACUUUGAUAUAAAAUCAAAAGACCUAUCUCCCAUUCAGAUUUACUGUGCUACCUAUUUUACAAGUAUAAACAGAAAUUCUAACAUUCUUUCUGUUAUAGCUGAAUCUGAUUUUUGAAAUAAUUAUGUUUAUUGGUGAUAUAAAUAUAUCAGAAGUAUCAAUGCUGCUCACCAAGUUCAUCUCCAAGAGGCAGUCUGUAUAGUACAAAAUGCAUGUAUUAAUAAUAUCUGCUCAAUCUGCUGCUGUAGCCAGGGUCAUCCUACAGAGGACAGCUACUGGGCCUUACCUGAGCUGGCAUGCAGGUGUGCUGCAGACAGAAGGAAACAACUCCUAGUGGGCCAACUAGCCAGGGGUAAGCAUUACAGCAAAAACAGCUAAAGGGUGAAAAAGAACAACAGACUUCCAGAAUAUUAUUUUUCAUGUUUAUUUUUAAAUAAAAUUUGUCAUUUUCUGUUAUUUGAGUACAGUAAUAAGCUAUAGAAUUAAAAGCAUUACUUGUGAUAUUUUUGGUGUAUUCAUAUUGUUUUCAUUUAAUUCAAGGUAAUCUCCAUCACGCAAUCUACAGAUAACUCUUGUAACCAGUUCUUUCCCUCCUUUCCUCCCAUUUUCUCUCUCUCUCCCCUCUCUUCCUCCUCCCUUGCUCUGUGUUUUUAAAGGCCUUAACACAGUUUAAAUGACCACUCAGUAAAACUGACUCUGCCCUUCACAGGUGGUUAAAAAUUGGCCUUGUGCUUCAUAUUGCCGUAGGUGUGAAGUUAUGGAGCAUAACAGAGCCGUCUGUUGUGUCAUUGCUUACACCAGGUGCCUACAAAAGCUUACUGUUGUUAGCAAGUUGGACUAUUUGACACUAAAUGUAUGGGUGAGAUGUAGUGUAGGUCGCCAUGCUUAAACAAUCGUAUCAUUCAAGUGUUAUUUUUAAAAGGUUUUAAAAUGCAUUUUACAUAUCACAAAAAAUGUUUUGUGAAUUAGUUAUAUAGUGUUCCAAUAAUAGUUAGGGCUGAAUUAUAGGGUAGUCUCCAUCUGACAUUUAGGACAAUAUUUGAAUUUAUGGCUUUUUUUAAAUUUGGAAAUUUCAGAGAUUUUUUUUUUUUAAAGAGGUGAAAUAGAUGUUGGAUUACAUCAAUAUAGCUAAACAUGCGGAUGAAUUAAGACCCUGACAUGAUGUCAAGAAACAGGAUCUUGUAUUACUCUACAUGAGAUUAUUCCCCAGAGUUAAAAGAUGUACAAUUUUAUAAAUUAGCUUUUUUUGUACAACUGAAAGCAGGAUACUAUGUACAGAUAACAUAAUGGAUAUGGAAUUCUGUCUCACUUUGUUGCCCUUGGUAGAGUGCUAUGGCAUCACAGCUCAUAGCAACCUCCAGCUCUUGGGCUUAGGCGAUUCUCUUACCACACCCUCCCAAGUAGCUGGGACUACAGGCGCCCAUCACAACUCCCGGCUAUUUUUUUGUUGCAGUUUGGCCAGGGCUGGGCUUGAACUCACCACCUUUCAUAUAUGAGGUCGGAGCCCUACUCACUGAGCCACAGGCACUGCCUACGGAUACAGAAUUUUGAGGAAACCUUCAGUAAGACAGGUAUUUUUAGUUGACCCCAGAGGCAAGCUGCCAUCUGAGAGACGUUACUGGGUGGCAUGACAUUGAAGAGUGAACCAUUUGGGUGUAACUCUUGGCUUAGUGACUUGGAACACUGAUUUUUGUUGUUGUACAUAAGAUGACCUGGCUUCCAUUAGUUGUUUCAUAUAAUCAGUCAACAUAGUGAUUUACAUUUUUUGCGGAGGCAAGAUGGCCAACUGGAGGCAGCUUUCCACAGAGGCUCCCAUCCAGAAGGAGAGUUAAAGGACAGAAGUUUAGCAAGUAAGCUGAUGGUUUGGAGCUGAGCCAAGAGAGAAGGUUGAAGAACGCACAUCAACCCUCCUGAGGUGAGCUGUGACCCCCAAGGAAAUAAUAGGUACAAAAUAAUCCAUUGCCAAGUGGACGGGAGUCCCCUCCCCCAUGAGAACGGCUUGCAGUAUACUUUCUACAAACAAGCGAGCAGAGUUCUGAUAUCCUAUUUUAUCCUGGGAGAGAUCCUCUAAAAACCAGAACUUCCCCAGAGAGGACCCACUAACACUAGUGGCACUCUCCCACCAGGCAUAAAACUGUAUAAAUUCUCUACCUACAAUUCUGAACGCUGAACACUCCCCUUCACUCUCACCCUGAGGUCUGGAAGCCUGUCCCCCAUGGAGUCCAGAUUCUGGGGCAUUUUCUCGAGAGGUGUGGGCUAUUGCAGGUCUUUGCUGAUUCUGUGACACAGGGAUAAAGAGAGGACUGUGGACCGAGAGGGAGAAGCGGUGCCCCACGGCACAGAGGAGCAGUGGCACUGGUGGGAACAAUAGGGCUCACACCCCUGGGGAUAUUUUGGAGAGAUACUCCCUGCCUCUCUUGGCAACCAGUGGCAGCCACCGGCGGAACAGAUUGCAAUGGAAAUGCAGGCCCUGCGAGUAAAGGAUAUGCCUGAGGAGGUACUUGCCUAGUUGGUGUGCGGCAGGGACAGAGACUAGAAUACAUGCAGGCAGAGAUGGCAUACUCCCAGGGUGGGACUGAGUCAGAAUUGCUGCUUUAGUGAGCCCAAGAAGCACCCAGGAUCAUAGUGCAGACAAAAGCAGAUGGGGCAACAGCAGCCCAGCGAGAGGCAGGAACUGAGAGCUGAAUGUGAGCUUUAAGGGCACACACCCCAACACAGAGUGCAACCAAGACAGAGACCGCCAGCUCCAUGAGAAUUGGUGCAAUGGCAGUGGCACAGGCCAGGGCAGAGCCGCAGUUUCUGGGAACUCAAACAGCCUGGCCCACAGGGGAAUAUAGCCAGGACACAAUCGCUAAUUCUGCCAGAAUAUAAGUGGUAGCAACAUCAAUCUGGGGUGGGGCUGGAACUGAAUGAACCACCUCAGCUUCCAUUAAGCAUCCGAGGUUGUUAGGUUUCAGCUCCCCCUGCCAGCUGGUGGCAGAGUGCAGAGGUCUGGCCAAGGAGACAUAGAUCUCCCUGUGACUUGGGCAGGCACAGACCCCUGGAGCAUCUGCUCAUUGGAGGGAACUGGGUCACAGCCCUGGGGGGUUACCAGUGACUGGGUGUGACAGAGGAGUAAGGUGGGAAAGCUGGCAUCAACCUUUGUGGACUAAUUCAUUUGCUAGGUGGGUCCUUCUGACUCCAUGGAGAACUGGAGCAAGUUAUAUUCCAGUUGCCAGCAGACUCCUGCUUUCUAAUUGCUAGAGACCUUUUGAACUCUCCCACUUGAGACUGGGUGCUGACUGGGACAAUUGUUUUGGAACUCUUGAACUGGGCCAAUCACCCAAGGACUAUCCAAAGUGAUACCCUGAGUGUGUGGUUGCAGGAAGGUUUGAUUUUCCUUUUCCAGUUGUUGUCCAUGAAGGGUGGGGUGACUUAGUUGCUGGUAUUUCUUCACAGCUGAGACUUCAACCCAGAGUUACUAAUUCACCAGGAGUAGACAGAAACCAGCUGAAAAUAAGAUAGAGCCACUCAGCCCCCACCACACCAAGGAGGUCCACAGUGUCUCAGGCUGUAGCCCUGUAUGGGUCCUUUGCAAAACUCUAGGGGAAAAGGUACAGACACCAGCCCUAGCUCUUGGGCAAAGGGCUAGUUAAUUCCUAAUCCAAGAGCCCCCAACCCAACUUCACCUUAUCUGCUCAUAAGUGUAAAAUAAUCAUGGGGUGGAAUCAGCGGAAAAACUGGCAACAUGAAUAAUCAGAGUAGAUAAACUCCCCCCAGGGAACGACAUGGCAGAUACAGCAGAAGAUCCCAUUCGUAAAUAAAUGGCUGAG